AUAGUCUCUACAUCAGGUGUUCUAUAACACCACCCACAUACCCAGCAGCAGCCACCCCCAUGGGAGGACAGGGGGUAUAAAUGGGUCCCAGGACAGGUAGUAAAACACACACAGAUACUUUACUGCAAGAAGGUGAGUUCUCCUUCUCAGAGCUGUAUAGAAAGAGAACCUGAUCUACUACCACUUGAAUUCCAGCCUCUGACUGUCUGUUGUUGUCCCCUGUCUCUUUCUUGUAGGUAUUAAUCUUGUGUCCUCAAGCUCGUCAUCCAAAAUGCUUCGUUUUCUCCUUCUCUUAGCUGCCCUGUGUGCAGUCACCUAUGGUAAGUCAAAUCAGUCAACAGACAUUUUAUAAGGGUGUCAGAGAAGUAAGAGAAUCCCCAAAUGUCAUAAAUACCUGGUGUGCGAUUAAAGAGGACUUUUUUUCUUUUAUUAUUAAAUUUGUGUUCUGCAUACACAAGACGAAACAUAUCUUCAAAGGUUGCAGAUGGAAUUAGAGGUUGGGUAGCAAAAGUCACAGUGUUCCGAGGUCAAAUUUCAAUCUCAUUGAAGAACACCUGAUUUUUCAGGAAAAUAAAAAUCCAAAUAUUUUUUCUCCUAUUGCGUUUUUAGUUAGGCCUGCUUAAUUUGGCUGUACCCCCACCCAUCACCACAUCACAUGUCCAGCAGGGGAUAGAGAUAAUGAGUGAUUUUUAAUUGUGGUAAAAGAAAUAUGCUCAAAUAAAAAUAAGCUGGAGAAAAUUUUGAGUUGGGUGGUGGGAUAACUGAUAAAGAAGGUAAGGGGCAUAAAUAUAUAUUUGCAUGUGUGUCUCUCUAUCUUGUCUCACCUCUGAAUGUUUACGUAGAAAGACCUUUUUAAAAAUAUAAUACAAUAUAGCUCACUAUUAAAACGAGAACUGGAGCACUGAAGUAUUCCAACAUUCAAGGUGUAACAAAAUCCUAUGUUACACCAUUUUGACAGCAUAAUGGAAAUGUUGACAGUUGUAAAGUGUAACAUUCUCUCUUUCAGGUCAAUGUCCCACCAUCCUCACAAAGUCCCAGUGGGGCGGGCGUGCAGCAACUUGCAGAACUGCAAUGACUACACCUGUCACCUAUGUGGUCGUCCACCACACUGAGGGAACAGCCUGUACCUCCCAGUCUGCCUGCAUCACACAGGCCAAAAACAUCCAGAACUACCACAUGAAUUCCAAUGGCUGGUGUGAUAUUGGAUACAAGUAAGAUGGCGGAAUGUUUGGGUGUUUGUCCAUUUUAUGGAGGUGGGUGGAGAAAUAUGACUUGUUUUAGGUCUGAAAGAUUUUGUAUCAAAUGCUAUCUAGUGAUACUUAAAAAGGCAAAAACCCAAAAAACUGUGUAAAACCAGGACAGCCAACUUGCAGCAUCACAGGCAGGUAUAGGCAACCCUUCAAACUUCAGAUGCUGGGACCUAGAUUUUAUUUUCCCUCCUUGUCUUCCCAUAUACUGAUUAAUUUAUUAUUUUCCAACUGGAAACAUAUUGACCCAUCUUUAUACUACAGCUUCCUGGUGGGCGAGGACGGAAAUGCUUAUGAAGGUCGUGGGUGGACAUCAGUUGGAGCACAUGCCCCAAAUUACAACUCCAACUCCAUCGGAAUCAGCGUGUUUGGAUCCUUCACCAGUAAGUCAGGAGUAAAAAGUGGGAAUAGUGAGGGGCACAGGGUGACCGUCACAGUGAAGCAGCUGGUGUGUUAGUAAUAGACUGUAAAAGUUUGUCUGUUAUUUUACAAAGAUUCUAAAGCUUUUGGGUAUGUUAAAUAAUGAAUGAAGAGGUACAUUUGAUUCGUAAGGGGUCAUGGACUUCGAUAGAUAACACCACCUGCAGUUUGCCUGGUGUUUUACAAAACUGCUGACUUUAAGUAUAUUAAAUCAUGGUUUUAGAGAGUGGAAUAAACACAUUACAUUGGUUGAGGAGUCCUUAAUUUGAGGUGAGUGAGCAUCAGGAAUAUAUUCAAUUAAUAGGCAUGUCACCCACAAUGCUGCCAUAUGGCUGUUUUGAUUUAUCAUGAAGAAGCUCUUGGCUGACUGAAACAAAGACAAACCACCACUGUUCUCACUUAGAUUCUCCAUCUUUAUUUCAUUAUUUCAGGUAAAAACCCCACCACUGCUGCCCAGAAUGCAGUUAAAAACCUCAUCAGCUGCGGGGUCUCCAGAGGCUACAUUAAAUCUGCCUACAUCCUAAAGGGACAUCGCAAUGUGACCGCCACCGACUGCCCUGGGAACACCUUCUACAAUACUGUAAAAACCUGGCCACGCUUCCAGGCGUAAGCUCUAACGAACCAUUUAGAACAUGAAAUGUUACAUUAUCUUGGGCAGAGUUAUUCAUCAGACACAGAAUCAAUCACCUUUCCCCCCCGCCCCCAUACUUCUUCUUUCUUGUUGUAGAUUUUUAAAAAUAAAUAAAUACUUCUCAGCUGCCUGUUAAUGUAGUUGUAUGUGGUUGUAUUUCUAAAAAAAAAAGUUUGUUGCCAAUAAAGAGA